CCGGCCGCGGCGCGGACGCCUCGGCAGCCACGGCGGCGGGGCCGCGGCGGGCGCCGACUCGGCCCGCCCCCUUCCCCCCGCCCCGCCCCGCGCCGCCGCCGCCGGCCCGGCCGCUGUCAGCUCCCUCAGCGACCAAGACGGCCAAGACGCGGCUGAGACACGGUGUAUGCUGAGUCGCUGCGGCCGGAGGCUGCUGGACGUCCUGGGCCUUAGCUUCCCGCUGCUGACCUGCCGGCCGCUUUUCCUCUGGCCUCACCGCCUCAUGAAACCGCUGGUCGUGUUCGUCCUCGGCGGUCCCGGGGCCGGCAAGGGGACCCAGUGCGCCCGCAUCGUCGAGAAAUAUGGCUACACACACCUUUCUGCAGGAGAACUCCUUCGUGAUGAAAGGAAGAACCCAGAUUCACAGUAUGGUGAACUCAUUGAAAAGUACAUUAAAGAUGGAAAGAUUGUGCCAGUUGAGAUAACCAUCAGUUUGUUAAAGAGGGAAAUGGAUCAGACAAUGGCUGCCAAUGCUCAGAAGAAUAAAUUCUUGAUUGAUGGGUUUCCAAGAAAUCAAGACAACCUUCAAGGUUGGAAUAAGACCAUGGAUGGGAAGGCAGAAGUGUCUUUUGUUCUGUUUUUUGACUGUAAUAAUGAGAUCUGUAUUGAACGGUGUCUUGAGAGGGGAAAGAGUAGUGGUAGAAGUGAUGACAACAGAGAGAGCUUGGAAAAGAGAAUUCAGACCUAUCUUCAGUCAACAAAGCCAAUUAUUGACUUAUAUGAAGAAAUGGGGAAAGUCAAGAAAAUAGAUGCCUCUAAGUCUGUUGAUGAAGUUUUUGAUGAAGUUGUGAAGAUUUUUGACAAAGAAGGCUAACUCUAAACCUGAAAGCAUCCUUGAAAUCAUGCUUGAAUAUUGCUUUGAUAGCUGCUAUUACAACCUCUUUUUAAGGCAAUUUUAAUCUUUCAUAAUUACAUCUCAAUGAAUGGCUGGAAAGUAUGUAGUAAGACAAAUUAAAUUUUUUAUCUUCAAUUUUUCUGGUUAUAGGAGUAGACAGUGAAUUCGGGUCUAACUUCAUCUUAGCUAUGGUGCUCACAAAACAAAGAAGGAUAUCAGCUAGUUCUUUGUUUUUCCUCAAAAAGCAUAUCCCUUUUAUAGUUUGUGCCUUCUGUGAGCAAAACUCUGUAGUCUGUGUGUAUAUCCCUUUAGUAAUUACAACAUGUUAAGAUUAGGGAUUCCCCACUUCCUUGUUUUCUUGUAGGUUUUACAUUUCCAACCUGUUAAGCGAAUUUGUGGACCAAAUUCCAAAGGAACUUUUUGUGUAGUCAGUUCUUGCAAAAUAUGUUUGGUAAACAGACUCAUAAAAUGAAUUCCUAGAAGUGUUUUAGUAUUUAUCAAAUAACUGACCAUUUCCUACAGAAAGAUAAGAAAACUUAAGGCUUUGUUUUAUUACAACUUAUACAAAGUUGUAUGACAAGGCAUCUUCUUUGCUUCCAGGGAUUGGGAUGGGGUCGCUGGGGGUUCAGAGCCUGGGAGAAUUGUCAGCUUUAUUCUGACAUAAAUCUGAGGGUAAGGGGCAGGAUCACAUCAAAUGACAUGUGUUCCUGUGCUCUAUUAUAUAGUGUUAUUAUUAUUAAUGAUUAAACUGAUCUUAACAAAAUUCCUAGCAGGGGAACCUUGAAAUGCAUGUACUGGGUUUAUGGUAAAAUGAUUUGGUUAGCAUUUUAAUAACAUUUCAUUCAGAGUUUUUUGUUUUUUGUUUUUAUUUGUUUUCUAGAUUAAAUGUAGGGUUGGUAUGAAGUAAAAAAAAAUCUAAUGGUUAAAUUUCCCAUUUGUGUUUAUUUUCUUGAAUACUUUUUUUUCAGUUAUUUAAGGACAUUUAAAAAUCAUUGCACUUUGGUCAGAAAAAUAAUAAAUAUAUCUUAUAAAUGUUUGAUUUCCUUCCUGGCUACUUUUAUUUAGUAAAUUCUUUUUUGGCAUCAUGUUGAAGCAUUGAAAGGUACAGAAUUUUAAAAAGGCUAUUUUAAAAAGACUAUCGAGUCCAAAGGAAUUUUCCCUUAAAUCCAUUCUUCCUUGAAAAAAUCUCUGAGAAAUUUGUGUUCCCCUUUCUUAUCUUUUUCUGCCAUUACUAAUGAAGAGUUAUUUCCAAGGUUCUUAAUGUGAGAUUUAUUAAAAUGUUUCUCAUUUUUAGCACUUAUACUGUUUGGUAUACAGGGUUAAAUAGGGUAAGGAAUUUUGUUUUUGUUUAAUUAGAUUUUAUAUUUAAAGUCAUUGGGAAUAGGAGCGCCUGGCUGACUCAGUGGUGUAAAGUAUGUGAUUUUUGAUCUCAUGGUUUGAGUUCAAGCCCCACAUUGGGCAUAGAGUUUACUUAAAAAAGAAGAAGAAUUAGAAGUAUAAAGUCAUUGGGAAUAGUGAGGACAACUUGUGGAUGUUCUUACAUUAUAAUAGGUUCAUUUAUUUCUAUGUGUGUUAUGAAAUUCACUUAUUAAUGAUAUAUUUUUCAACAUACUUGCCAUUAGGAAACAAAAUAUAAGGGAUGGAUCAUAUUAGCCACCAAAAUUUGUAUUGAGAUUAUCUUGGUUUCCUGGAAGAGACUAUAACAAAUUCUUGUCUGGUGAUUUAGUUCAGCAGAUAUAGAGGGAUUUUGCUGGUGGUUUAAUCAAAAAGCUGCAGUAUGAAGCAAGAGUAAAGACUAUAAGGUUUUGAGAGCAUUCCUGCUCAAAUAAGUGAAGAAAUUCAUCAGAUGGGGGAAUCUAAAUGUUUAUACUGAUUUUGGGAAGCAAACGUGAGGUUUUUAAGAAGACUGCUGAGACGAGGCACUUCGCUUCCUUUCAUCACACAGCCUUUUGUGGCAUUUGAGAACACAAAUCAAGAAACAUCGUAAUUACAAAAUUAUGAGCCUUUGCUAGUUUGCUUUUGAGUAGAAAAACAUGUUGGCAAUAUUGUGUUUAGGAUUUGACUGAGAUACAUCGGACUUCAUUAGUUUAGUCAUUCCGUUUGUUAAAGUCACCAAGGAGGUUUUCACUGUUUUGAAAGACCUUAGUGGAAGCUUUGCUUUUUUUUUUUUUUGCUUUUCUUUCUUUCUUUUUUUUUUUUAAAUUAACUGACAUUUCCUUAUGUUGGAUGUAUAUGAAAUUACUUGGUAAAUAAUCCUAAUAAAUUUUGUGCUAUGGCGUUUGCUGUUUCAGAUUUCCAUUCUCUCAAGCAUAUUGAAGACUGAGAAGUAUCCUGUAUUUAACAUGUGGGUUUACAGCAAAAGCAGAGUUCAGGAUCCAGGAGAAUUUUCUGCUCUGUAUUAUGUUUGCACAUCUUGAAUUAAGUAGAAAGCAUGACUUUAUCCCAUUCCUUCAAGAAGUAAUCUGGAUUGAGGCACAAGUAUAGCCUAUUUCAUUACCUACCUACAGCAGCAAUUGCUUGUCUCUUUGAGGGGGAAAUUGGCAUCAGGCUAUGUCUCAAGAUGCCUCAAGGCAAUGUCUCAAGAUGCCUUGGGGGGCUUGUGUCUUUGUCAUGUAAUUAAGUAGUUGCCUGACACUCUGGAGAUAAUAGUGACUGAAAGUAUUGGCCAGAGUAGGUCAGCUUUUUUUUUCCCCUGGAGGUUUGGUCCUUCUUCAAACUCAUAAUAAUUGCACAAGCUGUAGGUGCUACAAACACAUACUCUGCCUUCCAAGAGUUUUCUAUCUGAAACUAACACCCUGAUGUGGGUAGACCUUCACAUGUCUUUUGAUGGGUAAUGAUCAUUAUUAUAUAGCUUAUUUCACUUCCCUAGCCUGCCCGCAUGUUUCAACUAAAUUAAGUACUCCUUAAUCCUAAGCAUUUUUCUUUUAAUGAAGAAAGUAAGCUCAUUUGUUGGGUACCAAGGAAAAAGGUAAAAAUGGUCCUAAUCACCUAUCCCUUUAUUUCCUCACCCCUGACCCCAGUUUAAGUAUUCUCUUGGAUCCAGGUUUGCUUUCCUUUGAAUGGGUGUGGUUAUUGUGACUGUGGUGUUAAUUCUGGGCCUCAUUUGUGCUCCGCAGGUCACCAGCUUUCCUGUCCUUGGGACAGCUAAAGGACGAAGUUGAAUUUCUGGCUAUCAGAUAGCUUUAUACCCUUUGUCAGCCCUGCCACCACCAGGCCAUCACCAGGGCUCAGAUUUUUGUGAGAUCCCUGCUGUCCCUGCUCAUCAGAGCAGAACCUGGUUUUCUGGAGUCCAUCUUCUUCAAAAAGGCUCUUUCAUGAUUUUGUCCUCCUAAGACCUAGCCAUAAGAGAAGAGGGCUUAAUUAUUUUGGCCUAUUCAGGGAGAGAUGAGGGUAAUAAAUAAACAUUUCUCUAAGUGAGGUUCUUUCAGCCACAGAAAGUUGUUUUUUAUUUAUGAUACAUUUUGAAGUAACGCACAAAGUGUUACCUUCUUAACACUGGCCUUCAAUGCCCUAACCAACCAAAGGAAAAGCAUCUGUAGAGGUAGGUUACCUCAUCCCAGCCCUGAUGUAGAUACUCCAGACAAACUUUGAAAAUUGUCUUCUACACUGUAGAAUCAAGCAGUUGAGCAGUUAAGCAGCAUUUUGCAUAAAUAGCAGAUGCAUUCUCAUUUGGUUGAGUAACCACAUCUAAAAAGAGAAAAUAAAAUUCAAAAAACAUGUA